UCCGCCAAAAAAACUGGGGCUUCUUUUAAAAGCCUCUAAUUCUUCGAUUUGAUCUUCGUCUUUUCCAAAUUUUCUCUCUCUCUCUUGUUUUUUCUUUUUUCUUUUUUGAAUCUUCCAUUGGAAUCGCAGGUCGUGAAGCAGUGGCUCCCAUGGUUUGAGUUCAUUGGGGGAGACGAUUCAAUGAGUUCCAUGAAUGUGAAUCGGUACAGAUGGCGCCAUGUGCGAAGGAGAUAUCUUCCCAAGACGUUAGAGCCACUGAAAAGAACAGGAUUCAGUACUCUUCAAAGCACGUUAAGCACCUUCCUCCCGGCACUGUCACCGAUUUCGAAUGGAAGGACUAUUGUCCAACUGGCUUCAGACUUAUACAGCAACUUGAAGAUAUUGAUCAUGACGAGUACACGCACUCAAUCUGUAAUGAUGAGACCCUGAGGAAGCUUUCUUCUGGAAAAGUUGGCAAAAUGUUUCUCCUCUCCGAGGAUGACCGGUUUCUCAUCAAGAUUCUCCGGAAAUCUGAAAUUAAGGUAAUACUAGAGAUGCUGCCCAAUUAUUACCACCAUGUUCAGAAAUACAGGUCAACGCUGUUGUCCAAGAUUUAUGGUGCUCAUUUCGUGAAGCCUGUUGGAGGUGUUAAGACAUAUUUUGUUGUCAUGUCAAACGUACUGCAGUCGGAUGUCUUCAUGAGCAAGGUCUACGAUCUGAAAGGUUCACCUCUAGGCAGAACAUCAAAGAAGAUUAAAGUGAGAGAGAAAACCAUAUUGAAGGAUAUAGACCUGGAUUUUUGUUUCUACGUGGAUCCAUUGACCAGACGUCGGCUCAUCAAGCAAGCGAAACUAGAUUGUGAACUUUUGGAAGCGGAGGGCAUAAUGGAUUAUAGCUUGAUGCUUGGCGUGCAAGUAAAAGGCUCAUGUCCAGGUUCACUUGACGAAUUAAGCCCCGUGUACGACAGCUCUUCACCUCGAGAGUCUCUCGAUAGCUUUAGCUCAUUGUUUAUGAAGACGGCUUCCAACUCUCCAGACAGAUCUUCUACAAUGUAUUCAUGCACUCCUAGUAGAGAUUCGAUGGACAGUGAGAGUUCAAUCUCUAUAAAAUCUAUGGCGAGCAUAAACUCAACUCCAGUGGUGAUAGAAUGUGCUGAUUCCCCGCAAAUGAAAAAGCCUCCCAAAUCAACACUCAGUGAGGCUUUCUUCAACAGCGGGUCGAGCACAAACUUUGGGAUGAAGAUAGGAGCAAGGGCAAAAAGGAUGGAAACAGGGGGAGGGAGGGGGAAGAAAAUAAAAGGGACGGAGGAAUGGUACGAAGUGGUGCUGUACCUCGGAAUAAUCGACACUUUCCAAAGCUAUGGAGUGAGGAAACGGAUCGAGCAUUGUUACAAAUCCAUACAGCAUGACUCCAAGUCCAUCUCCGCCGUCCAUCCCAAGGUUUACUCUUCCCGCUUUCUCGACUUCGUCUCUCAGAUCUUCCUCCCUGACGACGACCCUUCUUCCCUCUCCUCUUCUUAACCGAUAUUAUACUCUCUCUCUCUAUAUAUAUAUAUGUAUUAUGUAUGUAUAUGUAGCAGAAUCAGGUCUGUUUGUUUGUGAUUGUGAAGACAUUGACAUCCGAAUGUGUGUUUUGUCUCUUCUCCCUUCUUCACUAACACUUCUUGCCUUUUCCUUGGACUGUUCAUUUCCCAAACUUA